UAUCUGUAGCCGGUCGGAGUGCUUCCAUCAUUUCUCUCGCUCUCUCCUCGUCUUUCUCCGUCUCUCUCUAUCGCCGGCCAUAUCCACCACUGCUCCAGGCUCUUUCCCUUACUGCUGCAGUUCGGUGAUGAGCGUAUUGGGGCAGCGCCGCCCCUCUGCUGCUCCGCUGGCCCCUUGGAGCUCGAGUCCGCACGGAUCCCUUCGUCUCUCCGCCCCCCUCGCGCGGAUCCGCCGUCGGCGCCUGGAUUCCACCGUCUCUCCACCCUUCUCUCGCGCAGAUCCGCCGUCGGCGGCAAUAGGAGGGGCUGAUCCGGCGACCUCUUCCCCUCUCGCACGGAUCCCGUCGCGCCGGCGACGACGGGAGGGGUGGAUCCGGUAGCCUCCCCUACGGUGACGACGACGAUGGGUGGACGCUACCUCCAUCGCUCCAUCUGCCAGCGACGGACAUCCUUGAUUCGCCGUCAACCCCAGCCACUGCCGCCCAGUUGGUCAGUCGGCUGAAGAGCUGGUCUGUAGCAUUUUUUGGUCCGUUGAUGCUAAUCGAAUCAUACAAAUAGCACUUACUCCUGGUAGCGAGGAACUCAGGAUGUUGUAGCAUGGCAACAUACUAAAUCUGUAUCCUGAGGGAAGGCUUCAUAUUUGCUAAGUGAGUUGCGUUUUUUUAUGUGUGCUAUUGAAUUGAAGUGAGCAAAUAUUGCUGUCGCACAUACAGGUUGAGUACAAUGAUAACCUGGAAUCGACAUUGAUUGGAGGUGGCUUGGCACCCUAGAGGAAAAACCUUGUGAUUUGUAUUUUUUUUGUGUGCUUCUAUUAUUUCUAUAUGUAUGUCUUGCCUGAGAAAUCUGUAAAAUCGUGAUCGGGUGAGCGCUAAAAAUAGUGGAAGAAAGAAGAAAAGGAAAACGGAAUAGCAAGAGCAGGACUCCUGGUCGCAGUUGGGGCAAACCGGAGUAGGAGUGGGGGUGCACCUGGGCUUGUGGGCUUGUGGUGCACCUGGACUUGUGGCUCUAUGGGCUUGUGGCUUGGACCUGGACUUGUGGGUUUGUGGAACACCUGGACUUGUGGCUCUAUGGGCUUGUGGCUUGGACCUGGACUUGUGGGUUUGUGGAACACCUGGACUUGUGGAGGUGCACCUGGACUUGUGGCUCUAUGGGCUUGUGGCUUGGACCUGGACUUGUGGGUUUGUGGAACACCUGGACUUGUGGGCGCACCUGGACUUGUAGCUUUAUGGGCUUGUGGCUUGGACUUCUGGCCUGGCCUACUGGGCUGGCGCUAGAGAAAAGUGAAAAACCGAACAAAAUCGGAUCCGUGAAAAAAGCAUGUACGGGCGAAAAAAAUUACGCACGGACGAAAAAAUUGGUGACUAAAGGAAAAAUCCGAAUAUUUAUAUUAGUUAAGAUGUUGUUAAUAAAGGAGAGAAAGUAAGGGGGGAGAGAGAGAGAUACAUAAGUACGUACGUGCACAUUCAUACAUACAUGACGUGAAGGGGUGGGAGGUGGGUAUUUUCUUUUUUUUAUAUUGCUAAGAUAAAUUAAUGGUAGAAAAUAAUUGGUCUACCAUAUUUAAGUUGAAAUCAAUGUUUUUUUUGUUUUUUCUUCGUAAUUUCUGUUAUUUUCUCUAAUUUAUUAGUGUGUUAAUUGACGGCUAAGGAGCUCAUUUAGUUCCCGGUUAUUGAAACACAAACGAAGUAAUCAUUAAGACAAUAGUUUCACGUGACAACUUCUUUUAAUUAAUUAAAAUAUAGUUGAUAUGGAUGUGACAUUUUUAUAGAUAAAAUACAUCAUAUGCUUUAUAAAAUUUUAACAUGGAACAACUAGAGAAAAUAAAAUAAAGGUGUAGGAUUGGUUGCUUUCUUUACCGUAGGUGAAAACGUGCAUACAUAUAUGUUCUUUUUUUAUUUUUUUCAAACAAAUAGUCUUUUUUUGUUUUUCUUUAGCACAAAUAGUGCGUAGUUUUUCCUUACGUAAGUUUGCACGUGCGUGCAUAUGGGCUGGUGGGGAUGCCCUGACGUGGGCUGAUGGGUGAUAGGAGAGGGAGGUGAAAAAAAACAAUUCUAAUGGUAAUUAAAAUGGUGGGUCUAACUAUUUGUUAAGGUGACACACGGUGGUUUAGGAGUAUUUGUAGGACUUCCACAUGGUUGUUUAUGAGUAUUUGUAGGAAGUUUUAUGAACUUUAGUAUUAUUUAUGAUAUAAUAGAAGAUAAUAGAUGUCAAAUUUUUAAGUUGAAAAAUCAAACACCCUCCCAACAAACCUUGUACUAGUGUGUAAUUAUCCGAUGGCGAUCAGAAAUAAUUCAGAAGGGUGAACCACACGCGUUAGGUCCUGUGCCUAGUAACAUUUAAGUCGCCAACUACCGCUGAGAAAUGACGCUAUUAUUUAACAAAAUAGAAAUAUACUCCAUUCGUCCUAAAAAAAAAGAUAAACCCUAAUUUUCGUGUUCAAUGUUUGGCCGUUCGUCUUAUUUGAAAAAAUUAUGAAAAAAAUUAAAAAGACAAGUUACGCAUAAAAUAUUAAUCAUGUUUUAUCAUCUAACAGUAAUGAAAAUACGAAUUAUAAAAAAUUUUUAUAUAAGACGGACAGUCAAAGUUGGACACGCAACCCUAGGAUUUGCUUUUUUUUUUUUUUUUAAACGAGGGAGUAAGAAACACGGAGUGAUGUCUGCCACCAGCAACCCUGAGACGUACGUGUUGUCACAUGGAGACUUGUUGGAGUGAGUAGUAGCAGUAAUGACGGCAGCAACUAGCAAGAACGUCGUCGUGCUGUUCCCCUUCCCUGGCCAUGGGCACCUCGCCGCCUUCUUGUCCUUCGCCGGCGUCCUCCACCGCGCCCUCCCAGACGUCGCCAUCACCCUCGUCUCGACGCCACGCAACGUGGCCAGCCUGCGGCGAGCCACGUCGGCAGGACAUGACUCCUUUCUAUUACACGAGCUGCCGUUCGUGCCGGCCGACCAUGGCCUCCCGGCGGGCUGGGAGUCCUCCGACGGCGUCCCCCACAAUCGCUUCCCGGACUUCCUCGAGGCCUUGGAGGUGCUCCAGCCGGCCUUCGACGACUUCGUCGCCGGCGCCACCGCCGCCGGCGACGUCGCUGUCUGCGUCGUCUCCGACCCGUUCUUGGCGUGGACGGUGACCGUCGCGCGGCGCCGCGGGUGCGCCCACGCCUUCUUCGUGUCGUGCGGCGCGUUCGGCAGCGCCGUCGUGCACUCGCUCUGGAGCCACCUCCCCAUUCGCCCCGACGAGGCCGGCCGGAUCCUCCUACCGGAGUACCCCGACGUGGUCAUCCACAGGUCGCAGGUGUCCAGCAACGUGCUCCACCCGCCCACGGCCGUGAAGCACCGCGUCGAGGCGUUCUUCGGGCGGCAGAUACAGCUGGGGUACAAGACGGACGCGCUGCUCAUCAACACCGUGGAGGAGUUCGAGCCCACCGGGCUCGCCAUGCUCCGGCGAACCUUCAGGCUCCCGGUAAUUCCAAUCGGCCCACUCGUGCGCGCCUCCACCAAAACAACCUCGCCGGAGACGGACGCCACCGCCGGCGCCAUCACCAGUUUUCUCGACUCCCACCCUCCGUCGUCGGUGCUCUACGUAUCGUUCGGGUCACAGUUCUCCAUCCAAGCAGAGCACAUGGCGGAGCUGGCCGCCGCACUGGAGGCCACCGGCCGGCCGUUCGUCUGGGCCGUGAAGCCGCCGGACGGGCACAACAUAAACGGCGAGAUCCAGCCGAAGUGGCUUCCCGACGGAUUCGAGGAGAGGGUGACGGCGACCAAGAAAGGCCUCCUCCUCCAUGGAUGGGCGCCGCAGGUGGGGAUCCUGGCGCAUCACUCCACAGGAGCGUUCCUGAGCCACUGCGGGUGGAACUCGGUGCUGGAGAGCAUGACGCACGGCGUGCCGAUCAUCGGGUGGCCGCUCGCCGGCGAUCAGUACUACAACGCCAAGAUGCUCGACGAGGAGUGGGGGGUGUGCCUCCGCGUGGAGGGGGCACGGGGGGACAUGGACAUGAGUGCCAUUAUUGUGGACAAAGCGACGCUGGUUGCCGUGGUGGAGACGGUGAUGUCUCCAACAGCGAAGGCGGCCGAGAUGCGGCAGCGGGCGAGAGCGAUCAAGGAGAUCAUGGAAGCUGCACGGGAGGGUGGACAUGGCUCGUCGGCAAAUCAGGCAUUGGAGGAGUUCUUCAAAACAAUGAAGCUGAACGGCUGAAGUUGGAACAAAAUCCAAGGUUACUUAUUUACUAUGCUAGCCGCUGUGUUAUUCUGAAUCAUUUGUUAUUACUUACCACAUCCACAAUGUUGCAUGUAAAAUGAUCUUAAGGAAUAAAGUAAUAUAUUUGUUUUACCUCUAUCA